ACCCGAUCCCAGAUCUCCAGCCCCCUGCCAUAGUCUUCUUGCCUUCUGAUGCCUUAAAGUUGGGCCACAGGUCCUACCAGGUCAGAGCUGCUCAGAUGCCGAGCUCUGGAAGCUUGACUCAGGACCAAAGAGCUCUGACCUAGAGAUCAUCCUUUCUCCAGGGUGUCUGCCCUGUGGACAGAAGGCCAAAGCCUUGGUCUUGGCAAACCACCCCUUAGCCCAAAGCCUGGGUACAGAAAGCAGUGUUUUCUCUGGCUUCUUCAGUAGUCCCUGCUGCUGUUCAUGAAAGCUGACCAUUGUACCCAGGUCACUGGGCCUCUAACCAUGUCCCUCUGAUCCCAGAUCACCACCGCCAGCCCUAGGCCAGACCACUGAAGCUGGCCUUCUCUCUGCCCACACAGACAAGCUCUACAGCCUGCCUGCUUGAGGGGACUGGGACUCUUGCCCCUGGCUAGCUGAGCCACCAGCCUCCCUCCCCAAACCUACUCCAUGGGGGUGUCCCCUCAUCCCUCCCCCAGACCUUUGCUGAAUUAAAGUUUGUAAGUAAACGGUUUAAAACAAAACAAAACAAAACAAAAAACAGCUGGCUGUUUCUUGAGACAAACCAUGGGCCCAGCAAGAUAGCUCAGUAUUACAGUAAGAACACAUCACCAAGCCUGACAACCUAAGUUUUAUCCCUGGGACCCAAAUGAUACAGAGCUGUCUCCCACAAAUUGCCCUCACACGAACACAAUCCCUAAAAUUGCAGUGGGGCAUGGUGGCACUGGCUUUUAAUCCCAGCACUUGGGAGGCAGAGGCAGGAGAAUCUGAGUUCCAGGCCAGCCUGGUCUGCAUAGCAAAUUCUACAACAUUUCAGACUAUAUAUAGAGAACCUGCCUCAAACCAACAAAAAAUUGGGCAUGGUGGCAUAUAACACUUAAUUCCAGCAGAGGCAAGUGGCUCUAAGUUGAAGGCUUGCUUGGUCGGUCGUUGUCCUUGCAGAGGACUGGAGUUCGGUUCCUAGCAUCCACACAGCCCUCUAACUUCUGGGCUUCGCAGGCACCAGGCACACACUUGGUUCUCAUGCAUACAAGCAGAACACAUACAAUAAGACUCAAAGCGUGGGGAGGGUGUGUCCAACCACAGUUCCAGGCCGGAAGUCAAGCUGGAUCCUGGUACAUCACCUCUGACCUCAUACUGCGUUCAAACACUGCGAUUACAGUCGCAGCCUACGCACUGAGCAUGCUCGGUCUUCCGGUCACGUGGCCUGUCAUGGCCGCCUCCAUGGCCCGCGGCGUGAGUGCCCGGGUCCUGUUGCGGGCCGCCGGGGGAUCUUGGGGUACCUGGGCCGGACACGUGGCAGUGACGUCCAGGACUCUCGGGACGACAGGUACCCAGGCCCGGGUUGGUGUGCGGCUGGCAGCGAGGCCGCAUCCGCUCACCCGCUCGUGUUUUCCAGGACAGCGGCGCGCAGGCGAGGACGAGGCAGACGGCCCGGAGCUGCCCCGGGACGCGGUCAACGUGGUCUUCGUGGACCGCUCUGGUCGGCGGAUCCCCGUGAGGGGCAGAGUCGGGGACAAUGUUCUUCACCUGGCCCAGCGCCACGGGGUGGACCUGGAAGGGGCCUGCGAAGCCUCCCUGGCAUGUUCCACCUGCCAUGUGUAUGUGAGCGAGGCCCACCUGGACCUCCUGCCUCCUCCUGAGGAGAGGGAGGACGACAUGUUGGACAUGGCCCCGCUGCUCCAGGAGAACUCGAGACUGGGCUGCCAGAUUGUGCUGACCCCUGAGCUGGAAGGAGUCGAGUUUGCUCUUCCCAAGGUCACCAGGAACUUCUACGUGGAUGGCCACAUCCCCAAGCCCCACUGAGAGGAGGCCACCGGACCAACCAGGGCCACUGAACUGAAAAAAGCCAUGCUCCCGGCCCCAGAGCACAGACUGGCCAGGAAUGAGAAGCUGGAAGCACUGUGUGAGACCAGAGCCACUGCUGGAGACAGCCAGUGUCCGGGUCCUGAGGGGUGGGUCUCCAUCUUGGGUGUGACGGUCCACCAGGGAGAAUCGGACUAUAAAUUAGGGAUGGACUCACACCAGAGCUGCAAUAAAAAAUCAUACACA